AUGAAAUGGUAAGAAUUUCAUUUUCAGAAAAAAAAACAGACAGGUUUUCAGAAUUUUUAGCUUGCGCUUCAAAUAAUGUCAUGAACAAAUAUUUAGAAUUAAUUAUGUUCAAAGAAAAUGAAGAUUUGAGUAAAAUAGGUAUCAAAAGACGUAUUAAUAGCUUUCUUUUUAUUAUUGCAAAACAUGCAAAACACUACAAUGUGCUUUCAAAUAUAUUAAGAAAUUUCGAUAAAUUGAAACCAAGGAGUAUAAAUGGAAUUGCAAUAUUUAUUGUUAUUGUUAAUCAUGUGUACUCUAAGAGACAAUUAGACGAGAUCGGAGAAAAUACGAGAAAUAUUAUUGAGAUAGAAGCGUACAUAAAUCAUAUUAAACAUAUAUACAAGAAAAACAGAACUCGUUUUGACAAGGCAAUUAUUAAUGCACAUUUUCAUGAGUAUAAAGAUCUUGUGGAACAAUGGGUGUUGUAUGCUGAACGCAAACUACAAAUGCGUUUGUCUGAGAUUGAGAGGCAGAUAAGCUAUCUUCAUAAUUUUUCACAAUAAAAAAAUAUUAAAUGUGAAUAAUUACAAUUACAGCAAAAAAUUU